CGCAGUAAAUGGGCGGAGGCGGAGCCCCGGAGUUCAUAACCCAGCGCUGACUGACUGCUCGCUCCGCUCCGUCCGGUUUUCUGAGCGUUUGUCAAGGCAUCAGCAGGCAGCAGAUGCGCCGUGCACAUGCUGCUUUAAGUCCGCUAAGAAGCCACUAGUCCAAUUAACCGAGAGGAGGUGGAAAUCCACGCAUGUAGGCUUUUAAACUAACUUAACUCGACGAUGGCUGUGCGCGCCGCUCUGGCAUAUGAUGAUGACGACCUGACACACGACAGCCCGCCAUAACAACGCAAACAAGUUGAACCAGAAGCGACGCGGUAUCGCCAGUGAGAUGCGCGUGUAUUUUGAGCGCUAGUUUAGUAUAGUCGCGAUUUUGAGCUCACACAUUAAGCCUUUAUAAGCUGCUGGAGAGUAUCUGGUGCAGGCCUGCCUGGCUGCGCUGUCAUUUGGCGACAGGGCAGAGUUUCCUCCUCGGACUGGUUGUUUGUGAAGGUGGAUUGGUAACAUGGAAAUGUACACUGAUGUGCUGCUUGUCACCGCGAAUGUCGGCUCGCUCUUUGACAACGUGGGUGAAAUUCAAAAUGGAUGGCUACAAGAAUUGUAUAAGACUAUCCACUGCCACAGGCCGAAGUUCAUCGCCCUGCAUCUGCAGGAGGUCGGAGGGAAGGACUACAUGCUCAACAUGGGCCACACUGAGAACUUCUUCAGGAGCAUCGAGUCCAGUGAGGAGAUGAAAGACUUUGACAGAGUCUGCGUCUAUGUGGACAACCAGUUCCAGGCAGAAGACAGCUUCACGGCUUUGGGGAGCAUGUACUUCAUCCACAAGUCACUGAAAAACAUCUAUCAGUAUGAUUUUAACGUUAAGGAUUUUAAAGCAGUGUCGGGACAGAAGAAGCACAUGGGCUCUCUGGACGGGGUCACCACUGUGGAGAAAGAAAAGUUCCCAAAACAUUUCUGGCCUGAUUUCAAGUGGUCCAGGAAGGGCUUCAUGAGGACCCGCUGGAUCAUACACAACCAAGGUCUGGACCUGGUUAAUGUCCACCUGUUCCACGAUGCCUCCAACCUCAUUGCCUGCAACUCCAGUCCUUCCAUUUACUCAGCCAACCGCAAAAACGCCCUCCGAUAUGUCAUCAACAGGAUAUCAGACAGCCGCUACAUUCCUCUGCCUUUCCUCCUGUUUGGAGAUUUCAACUUCCGUCUGGACACACUUAGUCUGGUCCAGCAUCUGUCCACUUCAGCAGACGUGCAGACCGUGAAGAAGGACAGCAGUGACGAAGUGAAGAAGAUCAUCUGCGAAGAAAAAGACAACGACCACCAGGUGCUGCUCCACAUCGAGGAGAAGCUGUUUGCGUACCUGAACCAGGCGGUUUUCAGAGAGGACAACGGCAGAGCGCUUUUGCAGUUUGACAAAGAAGUCGCAGCCUUUCAUGAUGUCAUUAGGGAAGAGGAAAUCAGGUUUCCACCCAGCUACCCCUACAGUGAAGACUACACUAAACCGAUCCAGUACAUGAACACUCGCUGUCCUGCCUGGUGUGAUCGGAUCCUCAUGUCACACAGCGCCCAGGAAUUCAUCCGCAGGGAAGAUGACGGAGAGAAGAGUGUCGUCUACAACACAGUGGGUCCUAAUGUCUGCAUGGGAGACCAUAAGCCGGUUUUCUUGUUCUUCUCACUGAAGACGAAUGGCCAUUGACUCGGAUCCUUCUCAAUGGUCUUUGAUCCUCACAGCUCUGCCACAGUCUCAGUACCAGAGUGUAAUCAGCAUGAUGUUUACCCGCCACCCACCCUCCCAUCAGCCAGCAGCGGGUCUGGACACACACAGGUCGUCUCUGCUGUGAAAACCUCGUCCUCACAUGUGAGUGUCUCUCUGCCACGCACUGUCGACCACAGCCCAACUGACACGAGCACAGAUUUAUCAGCAGCUGUUAUGGAUUUCCGAGGCAGGUUUUCCAGAUUCUCCACUCACUCUCAGAUCUUAAGUCCGGCCGAGGAUGUUCCUUCAACUCCUGACGCGACGAUGACUUAAAGACUGCAGUGUGCAACUGUGUACCGGCUCCUUUACAUGCACGUGUAUGCAAAACAUCCUUACCUUUUUCCCUGAUUGUAAUUGUUGUAUUAUUUUUUUUUUAUCCACCUUUUUCUUACAGAGAGUUUCAGACAAACCCCAGUCAAGGCAUCACAAAUGGACUCAUUCCUUAUCGGCCCUAAAUAAU